GUGACGUUGUGGACAUCUACCAGCGGGAAUUUCUCGCUCUCCGAGACCGACUGCAUGCAGCCGAGCAGGAGAGCUUGAAGCGCUCGAAGGAACUCAACCUGGUCCUGGAGGAGAUCAAGAGAGCGAUCUCGGAGAAGCAGGCCCUGCGGGAUAUAAACCGGACCUGGAGCAGCUUAUCUGACGAAACCAAGUUAAAACUGUGGAAUAUCACCAACAAGAAUGUGCUGCACCUUCCCACCAUCUUCCAUCAUUUGCCACAUUUGCUGUCAAAGGAGAACAGUCUGCAGCCAGCCGUGCAUGUGGGACAGGGGCGCACUGGAGUGUCCGUUGUGAUGGGUAUCCCCAGCGUGAAGCGGGAGGUGCAUUCCUACCUCACCGAUACCCUCAACUCCCUCAUCUCAGAGCUCACUCAGCAGGAGAAGGAGGACUCCGUCAUCGUCGUCCUCAUCGCCGAGACGGAUCCGCAAUACACAGCCGGAGUGGCAGAAAAUAUAAAAAACUUAUUCCCAAAGGAAAUACACUCAGGUCUCCUGGAGGUAAUUUCCCCGUCUCCGCAUUUCUAUCCUGAUUUCUCACACCUGCGGGAAUCCUUUGGGGACCCCAAGGAAAGAGUCAGGUGGAGGACGAAGCAGAACCUCGACUACUGCUUUUUGAUGAUGUAUGCCCAGUCCAAAGGCAUAUAUUACGUGCAGCUGGAGGAUGAUAUUGUGGCCAAACCAAACUAUCUCAGCACAAUGAAGAACUUUGCCUUGCAGCAGCCCUCCGAGGAGUGGAUGAUCCUGGAGUUUUCUCAGCUGGGUUUUAUUGGAAAAAUGUUCAAGUCUCUGGAUCUGAGCUUGAUCGUGGAGUUCAUCCUGAUGUUCUAUAAGGACAAGCCCAUUGACUGGCUGCUGGAUCACAUCCUUUGGGUGAAAGUCUGCAACCCUGAGAAAGAUGCAAAACACUGCGACAGGCAAAAGGCAAACCUGAGGAUCCGCUUCAAGCCCUCGCUCUUCCAGCACGUGGGAACCCACUCCUCCUUGGCUGGGAAGAUACAGAAGCUGAAGGACAAGGACUUUGGCAAGCAGGCCCUGCGGAAAGAGCACGUCAACCCUCCUGCGGAGGUGAGCACCAGCCUGAAAACCUACCAGCACUUCACCUUGGAGAAGGCUUACCUGCGGGAGGACUUCUUCUGGGCCUUCACCCCCACUGCCGGAGACUUCAUCAGAUUCAGAUUCUUCAAACCGCUCCGCAUCGAAAGGUUCUUCUUCCGCAGCGGGAACAUCGAGCACCCAGAAGACAAACUCUUCAAUACGACUGUGGAGGUUUUGCCGUUUGACAGCCUGCAGUCAGAUAAGGAAGCCUUGCAGGAGGGAAGAGGCACAGCUGUCAAGUAUCGCAGGAUGCCAGAUGGCUACAUCCAGAUAGGCUCCUUCUCCAAGGGCGUGGCGGAAGGCGAGGUGGACCCGUCCUUCGGGCCGCUGGAGGCCAUCAGGCUGUCCAUCCAGACCGACUCCCCUGUGUGGAUCAUCCUGAGCGAG